AUGACUCGUCGCGUUGCAGUGGUUGGAGGAGGCAGUUCAGGUCUGGCCUGUAUCAAAUGCUGCCUGGAUGAGGGCCUGGAGCCUGUCUGCUUCGAAAGCAGCAAUGACAUUGGCGGUCUGUGGAGGUUUAAGGAGAAUCCAGAGCCUGACAGGGCCAGCAUCUACCACUCUGUCAUCAUCAACACCUCCAAGGAGAUGAUGUGUUUCAGCGAUUUUCCCAUUCCUGCACACUUCCCCAACUUCAUGCACAACUCACUCAUCAUAGACUACUUUCGCAUGUAUGCAGACAACUUCCAGCUCACCAAGCACAUACGCCUCAAUACUAAAGUCUUGCAGGUGAAGCAGAGACCAGAUUUCUCUCAUUCGGGCCAGUGGGAUGUUGAGACAGAGAACAAGGAUGGCACAAGGGAAAAACACAUUUUUGAUGCUGUGAUGAUCUGCAUUGGACAUCACUGCCACCCCAACAUGCCACUCCAUGACUUCCCAGGCAUUGACACUUUCAAGGGAAAGUACUUCCACAGCCGAGACUACAAGACUCCUGAGGAGUGGAGGAAUAAAAAGGCUGUAGUGAUUGGAAUUGGAAACUCUGGAGGAGACAUAUCGGUGGAACUGAGCAGAGUCACCAAGCAGGUUUACCUGAGCACUCGAAGAGGAGCCUGGAUUCUGAACCGAGUCGCGGACAAUGGGCUUCCACUUGAUUUGUUUUUCAACAGGGUGCUGCUUUUUCUGCAGAAAAUCCUUCCCUUUGGUGUACUUUGUCGUCUGGGAGAGAGCCGACUCAACCAAAGAUUUGACCACGCUCUGUACAAUCUUAAGCCAAAGCACAGGUUGUUCAGCCAGCAUCCCACAGUGAAUGACGAGCUUCCCAGUCGCAUCCUAUCUGGAACAAUUCAAGUGAAACCCAACAUCCGCAGAUUUCACGGCUCCAGUGUGGAGUUUGAUGAUGGGAGUGUAGAGGAGGAUGUUGACCUGGUGGUGUUUGCCACAGGUUACAGGUUUUCCUUUCCGUUCCUGGCCUCACAGGUGGUCUCAGCAACUGAGAACAAAGCCUCUCUGUACAAAUAUGUGUUUCCUCCUGAGCUGGAACGACCUACUCUGGCUAUCAUUGGUUUAGUGCAGCCACUGGGGGCCAUCAUGCCCAUCUCUGAGAUGCAGGCCCGAUGGGCCACACGCAUCUUUAAAGGCUGCACAAAGCUUCCCUCAGUGACUGCCAUGCUAAAAGAUAUCAAAUGCAAACAGGAGGCAAUGGCUAAAAGGUAUGUCACCAGUCAGAGACACACCAUCCAAGUUGACUAUGUCAGCUACAUGGAUGAGAUAGCACAGCUGGUUGGGGUUCGACCCAACUUCGCCAAGCUGCUGCUGACUGAUCCCAGGCUGGGGCUGAAUGUGAUGCUCGGCCCCUCAACGCCGUACCAGUAUCGUCUCAGAGGGCCAGGAAAGUGGGCUGGAGCCCGUCAGGCCAUCCUCACUCAGUGGGAGAGAGUGGCUCAACCCAUGCAGACCAGACCCUGUGAUGAGCCCCAGCAGAAGAGAUCGUUCAUGUGGCCUCUGAUUCUGUCAGCUGCUGCUGUGGGCUUGGCUUUACACCUUAACAAGAACAACCUCCCAGCUUUCCUGCAAGAUCCCACUGCAUUGCUGGACUCCAUCAAGGCGUACCUGCCUGCACAGUGA